AUGGACGCUGUGAGCGCAGCUUCUAGCAUCAUCACUGUGAUCGAAAUAGGGGCGAAGGUCGCCUCACUCCUAUUGCAAUACUACACCGCAGUUAAAAAUGCCCAGUCAGAGAUUAUCCGUCUACAGGAAGAGCUUGGAAGGCUAAAUACUACUCUCGAAGGCUCGCGAAAGCUUCUUGACAGUCAAAAUGGCAAGAAGCUUCAUACAUCACAACGGUUGCACGAGGGCGUUCAUGGUUGCUCGGUCCAGCUUACAGAGCUUGAAGCAAUAUUGAAGAAAAAAAUUGACUCUAAUCAAUGA